AUGAAGCGUCCUAAGCUAAAGAUACGAAAGCGAGUGUUGGAUGGCAAUGAUUCUCCACGCAAGGAUCAAAGCCACACAUGUCAGAAUGGACUUAAACUGCUCAUAAUCGCCGCAAUAGCUAUUAUUCCAUACAUUCCCUCACUCAACGGUGACUUUGUCUUUGACGAUUCAGCCACCAUCAUCAACAAUCCUAUUGUCACAGGAAAAAGUGAGCUGAAACAGGUUUGUCGCGGAUUCUCUCUUUUCUUGCAACAGUUUUUACAGGUAGAUCCUCUAACUGCUAAUUCGCAGUACCAUUAUCAUUGCGAAUAACA